AGGGUAUACAAGUCAUCAUUCAUAGAAGUUUUGUUUACAUCUAAACGAUUAUCUAAAAUCAUAAUAAAUAACUUUCUCGCAGCAUUUUAAAAAAACCUUUUCAUCAUGUCUUAUAUGUUAGCACAUUUACACAAUGGUUGGCAGGUUGACCAAGCAAUUUUAAGUGAAGAAGAUAGAAUUGUAGUAAUUCGAUUUGGCCACGAUUGGGAUCCAACAUGUAUGAAAAUGGAUGAAGUUCUUUACAGUAUUGCAGAAAAAGUUAAAAAUUUUGCAGUCAUUUAUUUAGUUGAUAUCACUGAAGUUCCAGAUUUUAAUAAAAUGUAUGAAUUAUACGAUCCCUGCACAGUGAUGUUCUUCUUCCGAAACAAACAUAUUAUGAUUGAUUUGGGAACUGGAAACAAUAACAAAAUCAACUGGGCUUUAGAAGACAAACAGGAAAUGAUUGACAUUGUAGAAACUGUUUAUCGAGGCGCCAGGAAAGGUCGAGGUUUAGUUGUUUCCCCGAAAGAUUAUUCUACUAAAUAUAGAUAUUAAAAUAGAGAUUUAGUUUUAAUUUUUAAAAUAAGGUCAAAUCUAUAUUAUACUCUCAUACGAGUUCGAUAAAUCAAAAAACAAAUACAAAAUAUCUUGAAACUUCAUUUUAAGUUGAAAAACAAACAAAAACAGAAAAAUCAUGAAAGCUUUUCAAAUAUAGACAAGCUAAAAAAGAAUAAUCCUUUUUCUUCGUUAAAUUUUUUCAUUGGAACAUUCCAGGUGAAAAUCAGGUGAUAAAUAAAAAAUUCUUUGUAAUUUUC